ACAUAACCCCUUCCUCAAGAAUUAGGGCUUUUCAUUUCACAUAUAAACACAGAAACACAAAUACAACUCACCUAGUUUUUCAUCGUAUUUUUCUAGAAAUUAACGUAGCUAUGGGCAAGGGACCUGGUCUUUACUCCGACAUCGGCAAAAAAACCCGAGAUCUUUUGUACAAGGAUUAUCAAAGUGACCAGAAGUUUUCAAUCACUACUUACUCUACUACUGGAGCUGUUAUCGCAUCAUCGGCCACCAAGAAAGGGGAGCUAUUGCUUGCUGAUGUCAGUACACAGCUGAAACAUGGGAAUAUUACUGCUGAUAUCAAAGUGGACACUGGUUCUAAUUUACUGGGUACCAUAACUGUUGAUGAAGCUGCUCCUGGCUUGAAGACAAUUUUAAGCUCCAAAAUUCCAGACCAAAGAUCCACAAAGCUGGAAGUCCAAUACUUGCAUGACCAUGCUGGUAUCAGUGCUAGUGUUGGGUUGAUUCCAAACCCGAUAAUCAACUUUUCCGGCGCUGUGGGAAGUAGUGUUGCUUCUCUUGGGACUGAUGUCUCCUUCGACACCAAAACUGGUGAUUUCACCAAGUAUAAUGCUGGUUUAAGCUUCACAAAUGCAGAUUUAAUUGCUUCACUGGCACUGAAUGAGAAGGGUAACCAGUUAAGUGCGUCGUACUACCACCUGUUGAGCCCAUUGACAAAUUCAGCAGUUGGUGCGGAGGUGACCCACAAUUUCUCAACCAAUGAGAACACUAUCACUGUUGGGACACAGCAUGCACUGGAUCCAUUGACCACAGUGAAGGCGCGGGUCAACAAUUCUGGUAAAGUUCAUGCUCUUAUCCAGCAUGAGUGGCGUCCCAAGUCCCUUUUCACAAUAUCUGGUGAAGUUGACACCAAGGCUGUGGAUAAAACUGCAAAGCUCGGGUUGGCCUUGGCUCUGAAACCAUAAGUGGCUGCGUGCAGAGCAUGUGUGGAGUCCUUUGUUUAAGGUCUUCGUAGUGUUUGAGGGAAAAAAUAAUAAUUAGAUGGUACUCAAGUGAACUCAUCCCUUUUCAAGACCAGCGGAUGAUGGGUGGUUAAUUUGAAGUGUUUACUUCAAGAUUUUGUUCAAAUUGUUAGAAAUUUAAACUCACCCAUAUUUUAUUUACUUUUACCUUUUUCAGUUCACUAGCCAUUUGCUUCUGGGAGCAUGGUUAUGCCAAAAUAGAUAUCUGAACUUAUUGUUUUUUCUGUGA